AUGGCUACCCACGCGGCUGCGGGCGUAGAACCAAUUUCGCUCGUCCAAGAUGUACUUGACAAUGCCUACCUGGUUGUCCAGCGCGUCUCUGGUGAGCAGACAGUUGAGGAGAUAGGGAUGUGCAAGGCCAUGGAGGACCUCGAUAUCCUCAAGGUCAAGGGCGUUGAGGAGACGAUGACCCUUGCAGGUAAUGGAUUCAUCGGCAACUUCUACCCCCGAUUGAGCGAGCUGCUCUUGUAG